UCUUUGGGAACUUGAAGCAUGUGAAGAGAGGAAGAAGUCAACACUGCUUAAAGAGAUAGUCUUCCUUGUAGCAUCUCUGACAACAUUUGGAAUUUAUUUUUAUUAUUGCAGGCAGUAUUUGGAAGAAAACCAUGAAGAAUUUGGGGUGUGUUUGCCACAUUUAUCUCAAAAUUAUAAGGUAUUUUUAAUGGGUUUUUGGGUCAAUUAAUUACAUUAACCCAUAUGCAGAGACGAUCUGGAAUUCUGUACAAUAAUAAGAGAUCCUUCUUCUUUUAAAUCUCCUUCAUAACAAAGUAUAGAGAUUUUAUUCAUUGGAUUUUCUGUUGUGGUGGAACAAAAGAAAUGAAAAUCUGUGCUUGGGUCCUUGAUGGCAACAAAACCAGAGAACCACGAUGGAAGACAUAUGGGUCCAGUUUUUAACACGACCAUCUGCAGUACUUUGUUGCUGAAAUUAUGCUGCUGAGGAAACGAUGCAGGCAUGGCUCUCGGAGACUGCAAUUUGUCUUGUUGCUGAUGCUGGCCUUUCUACUGCUGAUGGUGACGGUGCUGAAUCCAGCAGCCAAAUAUCAAAACAAGGAAAGGAGAUCCCAGCCAGCAAAGUCCAACUUUAAGGAAGGGUACCGGGUAGGUUUUGGAGAUCCUCAAGAAAUCUUAGACAUCCAAGAGGACAGCCAGCAAUAUUUGUCAGUGGAGGGAUUGUCACCUGCCAUCUCCUUAAGGGAGGAUGAGCUCCUGGUGGCUAUAGAAUCACCCACAGCCAAGCGAAACCAGACCAAAGUUAGAAAAGGAUACCGGAUGGUCAGACAGCAAAGCAGUCAGCAAAAGGAAAGCAAGCAGAAGCAAGGCUCCCUGUUCCCACUCCUGUCUUUUCCUCUGCAUGAGGAUGGAGCACAGAUGGAUGAAGAGGAGCUGGCUGUAGGAGGCCUGGAAGUGUACGGAUUUAAUGAAGUGCUCAGCAAGCAAAUCCCCCUGCACAGGGAGCUGCCUGAGGUACGGCAUCCUCUGUGCCUGCAGGAAGAACUUGGUGCAAACCUGCCCACAGCGAGUGUCAUCAUCUGUUUCCAUGAUGAAGCCUGGUCUACUCUCUUGAGGACAGUGCAUAGUGUCUUGGAUACAGCUCCAAAGGACUUGCUCAAAGAAAUCAUCCUUGUAGAUGACCUCAGUAAGCAAGGGUAUCUGAAGUCAUCCUUGAGUGAAUACAUCGCCAAGUUGGCAGGUGUGAAAUUGAUUAGGAGCAACAAAAGACUAGGGGUUGUCCGAGGUCGCAUGCUUGGUGCUGCACGAGCUGCUGGCGAUGUUGUCAUCUUCAUGGACUCCCACUGCGAGUGCCACAGAGGCUGGCUAGAACCUCUGCUGAACAGAGUAGCAAGUGACAGAAGACGGAUUGUCUCUCCUGUCGUAGAUGUAAUUGAUUGGAAGACCUUUCAGUAUUAUCACUCCAUGGAUUUGCAAAGAGGAGUUUUUGACUGGAAGUUAGAUUUUCACUGGAAGCCACUGCCGGAAUAUGAAAAGAAGGCACGAGAGUCUCCCGUUAGUCCCAUCAGGAGUCCUGCAGUACCUGGAGUAGUAGUAGCAGUGGACCGACAUUAUUUCCAAAACACAGGGGGUUAUGAUUCUGACAUGACUUUGCAAGGUGGUGAAAAUAUUGAAUUAUCUAUAAAGGCCUGGCUUUGUGGUGGAACUGUUGAAAUCCUUCCCUGCUCACGUGUGGGGCAUGUCUAUCGUGCUGCUGCAUCAUACAGCUUUCGUGAUGAAGGAGCAGUCAAGAGGAACAAAAUACGAAUAGCUGAGACUUGGUUGGAUUCAUUUAAAGAUCUCUUUUACAAGCAAGACAAGUUGGCUUGUUUGAUUAGUCAGGCUGAGAAGCUAAACUGCACUGAGCGUGUUCAGUUGCAAAAGAGAUUGGGAUGCAAAAGUUUCCAGUGGUUUAUCUCAAAUGUGUAUCCUGAACUAUACCCGCUACAGCACAGACAAAGAUUUUCAGGCAAGGCAAGUGGAAUACAAUUUUGCUUAUACUCAUUACUAAUUUAACCUUU